UCCUAACCCAUGGGCAAAUCUCUGAGGGUGGGGUUCCAGUGUGGAACCCUGGCUUCCAGCUCCCCUAGUCCCAGACACCCAGACCCCCGCCUUCGGCUGGUGGGAAUGGAUGCGCCCUGUGUUAAGGAUACCUUGAAGUCUGGCCCUUGGCCUCAGGUGGGGGAACAUGAUGGCGGGAUCCCAGGCUGCCCAGGGCAGCUGGAAACCAGUAAGGGAAGGAUGCAGUAGAACCCACUCAUGCAGAGCCAGGGUGAGGACUGGUGAGGGAAGGGGGCCAGGAUGGCACGACCUGCCCUAGCCACCUUACCUCCCACCUAGACCCAGACUGACUGAGCUGUUAAGGCAGGGAUAAGAAGGAAGCGUCCCUCUGAGAGGGACUCUCCGAUAGGAAACAAGGAAGCUGCCUGGAUAUCUGGGGUCUGCCAUCCUUUCCAUCCCAGGAAAGCCUCCAGUCAGGCUAGCUGGAACAGGUGAAGGCGAGGUCCCUGGGCUGAUCAGACAUCCCCUUGCAGUCUUGGCAGAGCCAGGGUGAAAUGCCCCCCAGUGAAAUCUGCAGUCUGAGCAGGUAGCAUGGCCUGCCACUGGCAGUGAACACCAUGGCUGCAGGAGGUGGCCAGGCCUUUACUUGGCAGGUAUUCCCCCCCAUGCCCACUUGCCGGGUCUAUGGCACCGUGGCACAUCAGGAUGGGCACCUGCUGGUGCUGGGGGGCUGCGGUCGGGCUGGACUGCCCCUGGACACUGCUGAAACACUGGAUAUGGCCUCACAUAAAUGGCUGGCACUGGCGCCUCUGCCCACUGCCCGGGCUGGUGCAGCUGCUGUGGUUCUGGGCAAGCAGGUGCUGGUGGUGGGUGGCGUGGAUGAGGUCCAGAGCCCAGUAGCUGCGGUGGAGGCCUUCCUGGCUGAUGAAGGCCGCUGGGAGCGUCGGGCCACCCUCCCUCAAGCAGCCAUGGGAGUUGCAACUGUGGAGAGAGAUGGUAUGGUGUAUGCUCUGGGAGGAAUGGGUCCUGACACGGCUCCCCAGGCCCAGGUACGGGUGUAUGAGCCCCGCCGGGACUGCUGGCUUUCGCUCCCCUCCAUGCCCACACCUUGCUAUGGGGCCUCCACCUUCCUGCACGGGAACAAGAUCUAUGUCCUGGGGGGUCGCCAGGGCAAGCUCCCUGUGACUGCUUUUGAAGCCUUUGACUUGGAUGCCCGUACCUGGACCCGGCACCCAAGCCUGCCCAGCCGCCGGGCCUUCGCUGGCUGUGCCAUGGCCGAAGGCAACGUCUUUAGCUUGGGUGGCUUGCAACAGCCUGGGCCCCACAAUUUCUACUCCCGCCCACACUUUGUCAACACUGUGGAAAUGUUUGACCUGGAGCAUGGGUCCUGGACCAAGCUGCCUCGCAGCCUGCGCAUGAGGGAUAAGAGAGCCGACUUUGUGGCUGGCUCCCUUGGGGGACACAUUGUGGUCAUUGGGGGCCUCGGAAACCAGCCGUGCCCGUUGGGCUCCGUGGAGAGUUUCAGCCUUGCACGGCGGCGCUGGGAAAUGCUGCCUGCCAUGCCCACAGCCCGCUGCUCUUGUUCUAGCUUGCAGGCUGGGCCCUGGCUGUUCGUUAUUGGAGGUGUGGCCCAGGGCCCCAGUCAGGCUGUGGAGGCACUGUGUCUGCGUGAUGGGGUCUGAAGUCCUGGCAGGACCUGUCCCUGGGAGCAGCUCAGUAGCAGAGACAGUCUGUGGCUCCUUUUGCUGUUAAAGAAGCUCACUGUGGCUCUGUGGGAUGAGGGAGGCACAGAGAUGGGCACUUGGGAUUCGGGUUGGAGGAACCUUCAUCUUCAGUGCAAAACAUGCACAUGCUCAUGCCUGUCCUUACUGCCAUUUACAUGGACCAUGCCUCACUCCGCCCUUGCCUGAGGUCCUCCAUCCAGCUAGGCAAUGGAGAGAGGGGAGAGCCGGCUUCAUGCCCUGCAAGGUUAGUGCCUGUCUGGAGCUGGCCAGGUCCACCCCAGCGGCCAUUCCUGAAAAAUCCAGUUGCCAGCCUGCAUUGAGGGUCCCUGGAGAGCCAGGAGAGUUCAGAGAGGGUGAGAGACAGAGAGGGAAUGGAGGAGAGGAUGUGGGAACUGCCAGAGGGCCAGAGGAUUGCUGGCUUUGGGCCCUCUGUGCUGUUGGUUGUAUGGCCCUGGGCAAGUCAUUUCACCUCUCUGUGCCUCAGCAUCCUCUUCUGUAAAUGGGGAUCACUGAAACCUUCUUGCCCUACCUACCUCACAGGGCUGUUGUGAGGACUUGGGGAGUUUGGAUGUGGAAGUAAAAGUGCUGCUAAACCUGUGCAUAGUCCCUGGUGUGGACUCCCAUGUUGUCCUCACAGCCCUUGCCACCUUUGGGGACCUCCCCUCUCUUGAACGUUGGUCUAGAGGGAGCAUUCUUGGAUCAGGCCUCUGCCCCAUUUAAACCUCAUAUUCUCUCUUGGUGACAUGGGAGGUGUCCUUGGUGUUAGGGUGCACUGAUAGGAUGACUAGAAAAACACUCAAAAAAUAGUAACAGCAAACACCACAUAGUUAGGACGACCUUCAGGUCCAAGUCCCACAGGGUCUCCUCAAGGCCUCUGCUCAUCCCGUAGGGAAGGUGGUCCAGUGGGGCUCAGCCAGGGCAGGCUCCCUCUGUCUCAGUUGUGGUGGAACCUUCUCUUGGGUAGGACUGUGUGGCUAUUCACCAAACCCCUCAAAGGCAGGAGCCUGUUGGCUUCUUCCUCCAGCCUGUGCUGCCCACUAGGGGCCUCUGGCUCUGCUUUUCCUGCAACACUGAGUAUGAGGAGCUCACAGGAGAGGUUGUUGCAACAACAGAGAAAUAUGUGGGGCCCUGGACUCGUGCUGUGGCCAUGACAACCCUCCUGGACUCCCAUUCUUUCCCACUCAAUGACAGGGCUCCCAGGGCAGCUCCUCCAGUACACUACCUGGGGAUAUGGCACAUAAGUGCCAUGGAGCCAGGUAUGGCCUAGCAGUGCACCACUGCUCGCCAGCCCGAGACCUCUUGGAUUGCAAAGUACAG